AUAUUUUUUAUUCACUUUUACUGACUCUAUCCAGCAGCAAGCUCAGAAGUUUUACAUCGGUUCUAGUUUUCGUUAUUUUGAGGAUUUUUCAAAAUUAGUUUUUGGCCGAUUUUUCAAAAUGGUUUGAUCUAAGAGUUUUGCAAAACUUUUUGAUUUGGAUCCUUGAAACCCCCUGGACGUUUUAGAACAAAUUAAUUUUUUGGAUUGAAAUCUUGGUUUCUAAUAAAAAAAUAAAAAUUCAGUUGUUUGAAGCUAAAGUUUUGCCGAGCCCUUCGGGCACGGCACUGUUUGAGAAGAAGACAGUAUAAAUGCUCUAAUAAAUAGCGUUUUGUUGUUUUACAGCCAGUGAGGUGCCCGAAGGGCUCAGCACAACUUCUGCAUCAACAGAUUGUUGGAUCAGUCCUGAUUAUUCAGCAGUUUAGGCCUAAAGUUGUGUCGAGUCCUUCGGGAACGGCGCUGAUUUAUAAGACGAAAGUGAAAAUUGAGAUGAAGAAAGAUUGAAGCAAAAUAAACCAACAAAAUUCAAAAAGGAAAGUAAUAAUAAAAAAUUUCAGGUCAAUUUAGAAAGAAUAUUCUGCAGCAACUUGACACAAUUCCCAAUUUUUUGGAUCAAGUUCUAAUCGAAAAACUCCAGAAAGGCCCAUUGAUCACCAAACUCAGUGGCCGACUUACCAACUUACGAAAACUGGUCAAUAGUACGCAUUCGUUAACUGCGAAUAUACAGGACGCCCUGUCGGGCUUGGACAGCGCUUUGCCCAUCAAUUUUAAAAAUUACCUCAAAACUGAUACCAGCGACGCAGCAGGAAAUCUGAAUAAAAUUGCCGAUGUCACUGGUGAUGCGCUGUUUAAUCUUCCGGCCUUUAUGACUGCGCAGUACUGGAAAGGUGCGCCUUCGUAUCUGUACAGUUUCGAGCACUCCGGUGGUCUGAAUCGCGGGUUCAGCUUUCUGCAAGGAUCGCCGUUGAUUGGCAACGUUUCCAUAGAUGCUGCCAACAACAGCGUGGGCCAUGGCGAUGAAUUGGCCUAUUUGUUCGAUGCGCAGGACCUAGAAGGGAAUCCAUUGCCUGAAGGCGAAGCCACUGAAGAUGACCUCAAGGUUCGAAACACGUUCAUCAAAUUGAUUGCCGACUUUGCCCGGCAUGGGAGCAUCACAGUGGAUGAUGCAAAUCUGCCCACUUUCAACGGGGGCGACAACAAUUUCGUCCAAAUCAAACCGAAUCCGGUGCUGGCCAGCAAUUUUAAGUACUGCGAAGUGGCGCUGUGGACCAAAAUCGGCGAACGGUUGAAGAGCCGAUACUGCCAGUUUUUAAAGCCGUUGGAAGUCGAUGCUUCAGGCCAGAAGAACUUGGACCCCAUUGUGCUUCCGCAUUCGCAAUUGAGCAGCAAUACGAGUGUUUUGGGGGCGAUUGCAAGCAACAAAAGGGCCAAAGCUCGCAACAACCUAGGCAAUAUUCUAGGCUAGCAGUUACAUGGCUUCUUAUAAGUUUUUUUUAAAUAAAAUACAAUUUUUUAACAUG